GUAAGGACGGGGAUCCGAUUAAGUGAGCUCCGAAGUCUCUCCCUCUACCUUAAAGAUACGUGAACUGUGAGGAAGACGUUUGCACUGCUGAAAAUGAUGUCAGAGGGCAGUUCCUUCAUGAAGGGGAUGGUGCUAGGCGGCCUCUUCUGCCUGGUGGUGUCCCUUAUAGGAAGCUACACCCUUGGGAUUCAGUCCAACAUGGAGCUCCACCUCCACCAUCACCUCAAGGCCCCCAGCAAAGAGGAGCUUCAGCAGCUGUCAGAGGCCCAGAAGCUGGAGCUGAGUCAGAGGGUGCGGGUGUACUGUGUCAUCAUGGUCCAGCCCAAGAUCCUUCAGUAUUGGGUUGCUGCCAAAGACACCUGGAGCAAACACUGUGACACCGCGGUUUUCUACACCUCGGAGUCCGCCAAGGUCCUAGAGGCAGUGAACCUGGAGGAGAGCGACGAGUGGGUCAGGCUGCGAAAGGCCCUGAGCCACGCCCACGAAAACUCUGGCGAGCUGCAGUGGUUCCUCGUCGUGCGACCGACCACGUUUGCCAUUGUCGAGAACCUCAAAUACCUGGUGGUGGACAAGGACCCCAGCCAGCCUUUCUACAUCGGCCACGCGCUGAAGUCCGGGGAGCUGGAGUACGUGGAGUACCAGAGCGGCAUCGUGCUCAGCCGCGAGGCCCUCCGGAGGCUGGUCGAGGUUUUCAAGGACGAGGACCGAUGCCCAGAGCAAGGGCGCAGCCUCUGGAAGCUGAGCGAGGAGAAGCAGCUGGCGGUGUGUUUGAAGUACACAGGCGUCUAUGCUGAGAAUGGGGAGGACUCGCAAGGCAAGGGGCUGUUCAACAGCAAGACUGUCAGCACCCUCAUCUCUGACAGCAUGACCCGCAACCUGCCGGACGUGGUGGAGGGCUGCUGCUCUGACAUGGCCAUCACGUUCAGCGGCAUGACUCCCAACCAGAUGCACGUCAUGAUGUAUGGGGUUUACAGGCUGCGCCCGUUCGGGCACACAUUCCACGACUCGUUAAUAUUCCUCCCCCCGGAGGGAUCGGACAAUGACUGAUGGCACCAUUCAGCACCAGGGUGCAAAACUGCUGCUAUUGAGCCAGACUGUUGAUCGUUUAGUCUUAGUUUGUAUACUUGAUUGUUUUAACAUCCCCCUUACACGGACACAGACACAGAGGAGUGUCUUUUCAAUCUUGAGUUAUUUAUGCCAGUUGCAGCAAAGGGAAACCGAAUGUGUGUGUGUGUGUGUGUGUAAUGCCGGAAGAAUGAUACAAAAUGUUAAAAAUAGGAACCACUUGGUACUGUUAUGAAGGAAAGUAUCUAUCAACUUGCACUUUCUUUUCCAUUUAUAUUUCUUAUAAUGUUGCCCAUAAUUUGUUUGUUUCCACUGUAUCAAUUGUUCUUCAUCACUACUUCAUAAGGUACCAGUGGACAGUAAGGUUGACAAGGCACAAAAAGGUAAAUCAUUAGUUUAUGUGAAUGGCUUUAUAUCUGUGGAGUUUGAGUUCUGAUUCUGCAGAGUGGUUUACACAUGAAUUAAUAACCAUUAAUAGAUUAUUAUGAAGAAAGGAAGUCUGUAACAAUGGUUUGGUGGGGUCAGACUAAAGUUUAUCAGAUAAGGACAGUACAGCAAAGUUUUUUUUUUAUUAAUUCACUUACAGCUCCUAUUUAAAAAAAACACAUGAAAGGAAAAUCUGUGCAGUUCCAGAGUGAACUGAUGACACCUCAUGCACCACAGUAAAUUGUUUGUGUGCUCAAAAGUAAAUAGGGCAAAGAGAACCAAAAUACACCUACAUUGUCAUUUUUUCCUGUUUCACGUGGUGAAUACUGUCAGUUACUGGGUGAUCAUUGGGAGGCAUGAACUGGAGCAAAGGCAAGGGGUCUCAUCACUGUGCCUUGUGAGUUCAGUUUUUGUCUUCGCUGUAUCCAAAAUGGAUGACCUUGGCGUAGAAGAAUGUAAGAAUGACAUUUUAUAUCCUGUGUAGCUUUGUACAAGAUCGAGUUCCAGUCCCUCAUCCACUGAACCAGUGGAAUGCUGGGAGACAAGUAGAACAUGCUGUUUUCGGCCUUUCUUCCAGCUGUAGGGAAGGGUUGUCCUAGCUUUUAAUCGGCAGUUGAGUUUUUUGUUUGUUUUUCCUGUAUCAGGUUCCAUGAAGGAAUACAGGUAAAUUAAACAGUGUGUUCGAGAUCUACGUUUUGAAGUAGCAUUUUAUAUUACAUGUUUUGCAGUUGUAUACCGUAGAAUGUACUUUGAUCUGUAGAGAAGAUGCACCUGCCCAGUGUAUUGAUCGCAAAUGCACACCUUGAAGACGGUGUGAUUCAUGUUCCUGAUCUUUUGAGGGGGAGUAAAAAGUGAAGCCUUGAUUUGUAAAAAUGAAUGAAAAUUAGAUUUCUACUGUUAUGUUGAUACUAUUUCAGUUUAUAUUGUGAAUAUAUGGAAAAAGGUAUAUUCCCAGUCAGUGCACCUUAUUCAAUUUUUGCUGCAGACAGACUGAUAUACCAGAGGAAAAUGCAAUACCUGAGAGGCCAGGGCAAUUAAGAGUUGUAUUAAUUUUACAGCUUUGAAUUCUAGUAGUCACAACCCUCCCCAUAAAACGUUAUGUGUAUUACAAUUUACAUAUUGCCCUGCUUUUCACCAACUUUGACAAAUAUAUCAAAAAAGAUAUAUUGAAGGUACUAGAUAUAGAUGUAAAUUAUAGCUGGUAUAACUGGAAAUAUUUUUGAAUGCCUUUUAUACAUUUUCUGGGAAAUACUGGGACUAAUAAAUGGGAUCUGGUGAAAA